GAUCAGUUUCCGGCGUUCUGAGGUUAAAAAAACAAAAAAAAAAAAACUUUGACAUUGGCCGCAUAAAAAGCAGCUAAAAAUUCACAGCGUGCAGUUGACAAUGGCUUCGCUUACGUUAAUUUCCUUAAAACAAGUAAUGAGAGCUAUGGUGGAUAACCCAGGUUUCGACAGGGUGCUUAGAAAGGUGGACAUUUUGUCAGCUAGCCCCGGUAAAGUGGUGUGUGAAAUGCGGGUGGAAGAGGAGCACACGAACCGGGGAGGCACGCUGCACGGCGGGCUGACAGCCACGCUGGUUGAUGUCAUUUCCACAAUGGCUAUCAUGUACAGUGAGAGGGGGUCACCGGGGGUCAGCGUGGAUAUGAAUAUAACGUACAUGAACGCUGCAAAAAUGGGAGAAGACGUUCUCAUCACUGCUCAGGUCCUGAAGCAGGGACGGAGUCUGGCAUUUGCCACAGUGGACCUCACCAAUAAGGCCACAGGGAAAAUCAUUGCACAAGGAAGACACACCAAACAUCUUGGAAGCAGCUGAAGCUUCUCCCCUCUGUGCCUGUAUGUACUGUCAAAGCAAGAGUGAAGAUGGAAACCAGCCUCUCUGAGCCUGUAUACAAGUUUGUAAUAGUAGGAAUAUGUACUUAACAGUAGUGAUCGUCACAACUCUCACACUACUUGCUGCUGGUUACUUGAGGACCUGCUAUUGUCGCUGUUAAAUAUUUGCCAUUUCCAUUUAGAGACAUCAGUAGUUAUUGUGUGAUCAGACUCUCUCCUGAUCUAAAGUCUGUAUCAAUGAUUCAUGCACAUGCAAUAAAAGCAA